AUGAGCAACAAUCCAGACGACUUAGAUGAUGGACUAGAUUACCAAGUUGACUCUGAACCUGAAGCUGAAGGAGUUGAAAUCAAAGAAGAUGAACAAUCUGAAGAUGAAGUGGUCAAAAAUGAUCAAGAUAAUAAUGAAGGAAAACCAAGCGCAAAGAGACGAAGAAAAACUGAUGAUAAACUAAAGGAAAAGAAAAGAGUGAAGAUGGAGCAAGAUAUGAAAUUAAAAAAGAAAAUCCCCCAGCUAAAUUCUACAGAAUUAGGACACCAUUUUUCACAAUUGUUGAUCAAGUAUAAUGAUGAUGCAACCCAUUUAGAUUAUUUUACUAAAUCAGAUUUCGUUGAUGCUUCUAAAUACAAAGAGAAUAGAAACUUGGAUAACUUCAAAGACUUUACCGAUAAAUAUAACAAAGGUCUAACGUUAAUAGUAUCAAUUAGCCGUGUUAGAAUUGGUGAUUUAUUCAAGGCUUUAGGUCCAAAGAGUAAAGCUAUUAAAGUUGGGAAAGGUUACGAUGGUAAGAUCCGAGAUGACACAAAGUAUGUUAUUGGGACAGUUGAGAGGUUACUUAAUUUGAGUUUUGAAGGUCAUGAAAUAAAAUCUAUAAUUCUAGACGCUAGUUAUCAAGAUCAAAAAUUACACUCAAUAUUAGAUGAAGCAAAAUUAACCACAUUGUUAAAAAAAUAUAAAGGAACCAAGAUAAUAUUGUACUGA